AUGAGGCAUUUCCUGACAGGCUUGGUGCUCUCAAGCACGUUUGUUGCCCGUGCGUGGGCUGGGCAACCAACUCAUAUUUAUGGUGUCAAUUUGGGUUCAUGGUUAGUCCUAGAGCUAUGGAUGCUUCCUCAAGGGUGGGUGGAUAUGGGUGGACAAUUAUGCGGUGGAGAUUGUUCGACGUGCAUUUCAACCGAGUCGGCAUUUGCACAAGCGUACCCUGACACUGUCAACGCUACAUUCGCUCAACACUGGGACACAUGGUUCACACAUAGCGAUGUCAACACACUGAAGAUGGCCGGUAUCAACACUGUCCGCAUUCCUCUAGGAUAUUGGAUUGUGGAGGAUUUAGUCGAUAGGCCGUACGAAACAUACCCUCGGGGAGGUCUUUACUAUUUGCGCCGGGGCUUGGGCUGGCUGCAAGACGCUGGGAUCCAAGUAAUCCUGGAUCAUCAUGCAUUGCCCGGGGUUCAAACGGCCAAGCAAAUGUUUACCGGAAAUUGUACUACUGAUGUUCAAUUUUACACUCCAUACAACUACCAGCGUGCACUGGUGUGGACAGCGGUCAUGACUUCGCUUUCUCACUUGGACCCUCAGUUUGCAAAUGUAUUUGCGAUCCAGGCAGCCAAUGAGCCCAUUAAUGAUGCGAAUCAGACACCUAACUAUGGCACCUUCCAAGAGAACUUCGUUCAGAUAGUCCGUGCUGUUGAACUCACACUCGGAAUAUCUGUGCCGUCGUCUAAUUUAUCGGUAUCGGUAUCAGCUUCCGUCUCAAACAACUUCACUGCUGCAUUGAGUGAGACAUCCUUGGAGACCAUCUUCCCAGCGGAGGUGCAAGCAGCACUUUCAGAAGCGGUUCCAAUUAUAAUGGGAAUUGGAGCAACAUACGGUCUGCAGACCAUAUUCGAAGCAUCACCCUUCAAGAAGUCCGGUACUCCAUUGGUAACGAACUUCAUGGAUGUGAAUUGGCAGUACGACAACCCCUCUAACCCAGCUGAUGUUGCGAUUGGCCCCCAAGCUUACGACGACCACGGAAAUGACUCAACAUCAUACAUGCUCAGUAUCUGCAGAAUCCAGGCUGACGCAGCACUCGGCAACUCUCCGCUCUGGAUCGGAGAGUGGUCACUCGAUACAGAGUUCAAUGCCACGGACGCGUUUCUUUAUCAGUGGGCUGACGCACAGAAGAUGGCCUACAGUAAAGGUGCCGGAUGGAUUUACUGGAACUUCAAGAUCGAGAUAUCAAACCUUACCAAUGGGAGUGCCCGUGCAAGGCAAUGGUCAUACCUUGAGGGGUUGGAACUCGGUUUCUUUACCCAGGACCCCGCGGCGUACAACAAUCCAAACGUGUGUGCUCCAUACACGAACAGCACCUCGAACAGCAUCUCGAACAGCACCUCGAACACAUACGAUAAGUAUAUUCCAACGCCAUCCUCUAACCCUAUCGGAGCAAUUCGUAGUGGCGACGAAGAAGCAGAGGAACAUCGUGAAAAGCAUUACAAGGUCGCGGCUGCGAAAAUAUUCGACUUUUGCGAGAUUUCGAUGAAAAGUUGA